AUGGAACAACUAUUAGCAGUUAAUAAAUUUAAGGUAAAACUAAAAUUGAAUGUCAAAGUAAUCUAUAAUCAUCUAUUUAAUUUAGAUUGUCAUUACUCUUGUUUAAAUUGUAAUGGAAUUACAACAACGAAUGUACAUCUUACUUUUUAAAACUGGAAAUAUUUGUAUUUGUUAAGAUAGCUAUUAUGAAUAAAUAAGUACCUUAAGUUGUUAAAAAUGUGAUUUAUCGUGUUUAACUUGUAAGAAUUCCGCUACAUAUUGUCUUUCUUCUGAUACAACUUAUACUAGAGGGUUCUAUUUUAAUACAUUUUCCAAAUAAUGUAAAGGUAUUUUCUAAAUUAUUAUAAUUAAUAUAGCAUGUGCUAUAAAAUGUAAAGAAUGCUAGACAUUUUCGUAAUGUAUAGAAUGUGAAGAUUUAACAAGAUAUUUUGAAUAAGAUAAUAUGAAUUGUCCAUAUAAAGAUGGAUAUUAUGAAAAUAAACUAGAGAAAUGUGCAUGUAUAAAUAUAAUUAAAAUAUGUAAGACUUGUAAAGUGAAUUCAAGUAAAUGUUUUGCUUGUUAUGAAUUAUAACAUUAUAGAUAAUUAAAUCUUUAUUAAUGUAUUUGUUAGAAAGGGUUUUAUGAUAAUGGUUAAUUAAUUUGUGAAAGUAAAUAAUAAAAUUAUUAUUAUCAUUCUAGAAUGUUCUAAUUAAUGUCUUACAUGUUAUGGUAAAAGAGAUUAUUGUACAAGUUGUGAUAUUAAUUGAAAUAGAAUAGAUUAAUCUGUUAUAAAAAGUUGUCCUUGUUUAGGUGGUUUUUAUCAAGAUGAAAAUGAAAAUUAUGUAAAUAUUCAUUGAUUGUAAUAAUAAAUAGAAUGUCAUUUAAAAUAUUAAACUUGUAACUUGUUCAAUAUCUAAAACAUCAAAAAGAUAUUCUUUAUCUAAUAAUUGUACUUAAGUCGAUUAUUAGAAGUGUAGUAAUCAUUGUAAACACAAUUGUUUAAGUUGUUUUAGUAAUCUUAGAAAUACACCAUUUUUUGUAAUUGCAAAUCUGGAUUCUUUGAAAAUUCUACUAAAAAUUGUGAACGUAUAUUAUUAUUAUUUAAAUAUUUUAGCUUGCAAAAAUUAAUGUGAAACAGGCAAGAAAUCCGUGUCAAAAUGUUUAAUUUGUAAAGAAGGUAGGUUAUCCUUAUUGUAUUUGUAUUAAUUAAUUUAAUUAUUUAUAGAAUGUGAAUAUUAAUGUAAAACUUAUAUAGAUUCUCCAUUAAACUGUUUAAUUAUUAAAGGUGAUCAUAUCAACAUACCUUAAUGUAUAUGUCCAGAUGGAUUCUAUGAUGAUUUUAUAAAUGAACUUUAUUAAUUUGUGAUCGUUUAUGUAAAACAUGUAAUUUAAAUUGUUGUUUGA